ACAAUAUAUUCCCAGUGGCAAUGGCUGUGGUUGAGCAAGAGAACAAGGAUAGCUGGACCUGGUUCUUGGAGCAGUUUGCUGAUGACAUUGGCAGGCCAGAUGAGCUCAAUCUGGUAUUCAUCAGUGACAGGUAGAAGGGCCUUUUACCUGCAAUGGAGACUCUAUUCCCAACUGUGGAGCACAGGUAUUGUGUGAAGCACAUAUACAACAACUUCAAGGUUAACCACAAGGGCAUGGAGUUGAAGAGUGUACUGUGGAGGUGUGCUGGCACAACAUCAGCCAGGGAAUUUGAGAGAGGGAUGGACCAUCUUAAGAGUUUGAAUGAAGAAGCUUGGCAGUACCUGGCUGAUAUAGAGCCUGCACAGUGGACCAGAUCCCACUUUUCUUCAAGAGCUUUGACAGAUUGUAUGGUAAACAAUCUGAGUGAGAGUUUUAACUCUAUGAUUGUGAAGGCUAGAGACAAGCCCAUCUUAUCAAUGCUGGAGUGGAUCAGAGUUAGGCUUAUGAGCAGGCUGUAUAUAAAGAAGGCUGGCAUAGAAAAGUAUGAUGGCAAUUUGUGUCCAAGCAUACAAAAGAAGUUGGAGCAGUUAAAAUUAGAGUGUAAGAGUUUCAGUGCAGUUCCUUCUGGGAGGUUUGUGUAUGAGGUUGACAAUGGGAGGGAAAGGCAUGUGGUGGACUUGGUAAAUAGGACAUGUAGUUGUAGAGUAUGGGACUUGACAGGAAUCCCUUGCAAGCAUGGAGUUGCAGCCAUUUUUGUGAAUCGUGAGAAACCAGAAGACUACACCUAUCCAUGCUACUACAAGGAUGCUUAUGUGGAGACAUACAAGACACCCAUACCUCCCAUGCCUGGCCAGUCUGAGUGGAUGUCAAGUGGCCAACCCAAGCCUGUUGCACCUACUAUCUAUAAGCCACCAGGCAGACCACCCAUGAAGAGGAAAAGAGAUGCUGAUGAGCUGAACCCUUAUAAGGUGUCUAGAGGAAACAGGCCAGUGAGGUGUGGAAGGUGUCAACAGGAAGGGCACAAUGCAAGGGGAUGCAAGGCCAAUGUCACUGGUGAGACAGCAUGGGAGAGGAGGCAGAGAUUGCAGAAAGGGAAAUAUGUAUGUUUUUACAAAAAAAUUUUAUUCAAAUGCAAAAUUCCAAUAACUGACACUGUAAAAACAUGCUCAUAUUUGGUUGCAGGGAAGUGGAAGGCCUUCUACACAGAGGCAAGGAUCCCAGGCCCCAUCUUCAUCACAGACCCAAUCCUCAGCUCAGCCCCCACCAACACAUCAGCCUUACACUAUGGCCUCAUCCAACCAGGCAGCAGGGUCACAGUCACAAGCUCCAGCUCCACAGCCACAAGCUCCAUGGUCACAGAACCCAAGUCAAUGGUACUCUUCAGACUUUAGGUACACAGUUAGAGGAGCUCCUUGGUUCUCUUCAAGCCAGCCAACACCACACACUCCUGCAGAAACAUGGGACAGUAGACCACAAUCAUCACAGCCUACAAGACCACCUGCUACCAGAGGAGCUGCUUUGAGAGGAAGGGGUGAUGCAGCUAGAGCUCAGAAAUGUAGAACAAGAGGUGGAAAGGCCAGCUGUGGUGUGAGAGGUAGGGGCAGGGGCAGGGGCAGUAAAUGAAGACUAAGUCAAGACACUUUUGUUGCUAUGUAUUAGGGUUAUAUAGUGUUAGGGUUAGGUAGGGCAGACAAUGGCAAGUCACUUUUGUUGCUAUGUAUUAGGGUUAUGUAGUGUUAGGGUUAGGCAGGGCAGACAAUGGCAGGGUAGACAAUGACAAGUCACUUUUUGAUAUAGCUGUUCAAACACUUUUUGUAUUUUUGUAAGUUUUGUAAACAUUGGGCAGCUGCAACUGUUUUGGUUGUUGUACCAAAUGCCUUAUAUUUACUGGUGGUUGAUGAAAGACUAUUCAAUGCCACCUUCAAAUAUGUAUACAAUUUCCCAACUUAAUGACAGGUGUUCAGAAUUA